AACAGGUCGCCCGCGUGACCUCACUUCCGGCGCAGUCUAUAGAUGCCUCCGGGCCGGAAGUGCAGGAGCACCGCAAGCGCCGUGCUCGGCGGCAGAGGAUUGAGCGAUGGCAGACGACGGUGGUGAUGAGAAAAAGCAGGUGGCCAAGUUCGAGCUGGAGCGGGAGACGGAGCUGCGGUUUGAGGUGGAGGCCUCGCAGACAGUGCAGCUGGAGCUGCUCACUGGCAUGGCGGAGGUUUUUGGCACUGAGCUCACCCGCAACAAGAAGUUUACCUUCGAUGCCGGUGCCAAGGUGGCCGUCUUCACCUGGCAUGGCUGCACCGUGCAGCUCAGUGGGCGUACAGAGGUGGCCUACAUCUCCAAGGACACCCCCAUGCUGCUCUACCUCAACACCCACACAGCACUGGAGCAGAUGCGCCGGCAGGCAGAGCGUGAGGAUGAGCGGGGGCCCCGCGUCAUGGUAGUGGGGCCCACGGACGUGGGCAAAUCAACCGUGUGCCGCCUGCUGCUGAACUAUGCUGUGCGUCUGGGGCGCCGGCCCACCUUUGUAGAGCUAGAUGUGGGCCAGGGCUCCGUCUCCAUCCCUGGCACCAUGGGGGCCCUCUACAUCGAGCGCCCCGCUGAUGUGGAGGAGGGCUUCUCUCUCCAAGCCCCGCUGGUUUAUCACUUUGGCUCCACCACACCUGGCACCAACAUCAAGCUCUACAACAAGAUCACAUCCCGCCUGGCCGAUGUCUUCAACCAGCGGUGUGAAGUGAACCGCCGAGCGUCGGUGAGCGGCUGCGUCAUCAACACAUGCGGCUGGGUGAAAGGCUCAGGGUACCAGGCGCUGGUACAUGCCGCCUCUGCCUUUGAGGUGGAUGUGGUGGUGGUGCUAGACCAAGAGCGGCUCUACAACGAGCUGAAGAGGGACCUGCCUCACUUUGUGCGUACAGUGCUGCUCCCCAAAUCUGGUGGGGUGGUGGAGCGCUCCAAGGACUUCCGUCGGGAGUGCCGAGAUGACCGCAUCAGGGAAUAUUUCUAUGGCUUCCGGGGCUGCUUCUACCCCCAUGCCUUUGAUGUCAAGUUCUCUGAUGUCAAGAUCUACAAGGUGGGGGCUCCCACCAUCCCAGACUCUUGCCUCCCCCUGGGCAUGUCACAGGAGGACAACCAGCUCAAGCUGGUGCCAGUGACGCCGGGGCGGGACAUGGUGCACCAUCUGCUGAGCGUCAGCAUGGCUGACAGCCCUGAUGACAACAUCUCAGAGACCAGCGUGGCUGGCUUCAUUGUGGUCACUGGCGUAGACCUGGAGCGCCAGGUCUUCACUGUGCUUUCACCUGCCCCUCGCCCACUGCCCAAGAACUUCCUCCUCAUCAUGGACAUUCGCUUCAUGGACCUGAAGUAGAAGCAGUGGGGAGAAAACAGGGAGUCUCCUUGGAGAUAGGAGAAACAUGGAGGGCAACUCCACACUUCAAACUUCUUGGGGAGCAAGAAAACGUCUGCCAUCUGGCUCAUCUUGUGUGGCUGGAAGUUGUCUGCUUGCCUGUGUUUUCUUCUUCAUCCAGCAGGUUUCCGGCCCUGAAGUCUGGCCACUUGUCCCUUUCUUACAUGCCAGCAAGUACUGCCAAGCCCUCUCAUACAAGAGGCUUGCUGCUCAAUUUUAUAUCCUUUUAUAACUUUUCUUAUUAAAAUUCCUAAACUUCUG